AUGGCGGCAUUUUUUCCUGAUGAUAAUCAGAUUGUCGCUACCCCUGAAACCUCGCUCCAAGAAACUGAUUGUUUCAGACCUCUCACUGAGUCAACUUCAAUUGUCUUUGAUGAAGAUAAACCAAUAGCCAGCAGUGGAGCUUAUAAAAUUGAUUUUGAUAGUCUUGAUGUUUUGGAUUCUUUCCAACCUCACUCGCCUUUGGAUCCAAGCUCACCUGUGAAGUCAGAAGGUUCCAAGGUUUGUGGACAGGCUUGUGCGAAGUCUGUGUACACGACAGGCGGUACCAGUUCACCACCACCACAAUCUCCACCAUUCACACGGAGACCUGAUGGAAUUAGUGAUGUUGGUCGCACAGACCAUGGAGAUAAAGCUUUGCAGGCAGAAGCCUUUAGCAUAGCCUCAGAUAAUGCUCACAGUGUUAGGAAAAAGAAACCUAGACCGCUCUCUUUAAAAAGAAAGACCAGAUCAGAGAAACCAGCAGAGACUCAAGCAGAUAAACCAACAGAGGCCCCAACAGCAACAGAAACGCAAGCAAGGCCAACAGUACCUGACACUAAUAAAGACGUCACUACAUCUCAAUCAUCUGGCAACAGUUUACAAAGUGCAGUAAACCAACAGGAUUCUCCCAUUCCUCAUCAAGCUUCCUGCAGCUUUGCAGAUAAUCUUUCUGAGCGUAACCCAUUUGCUAGUGGAGAUAAACAACAAAGUUUACCAGUAGCACAGAGUGAAAGUGAGACUUUUACUGUAGCUUUAAAAGAACCUGAAUCGGAGUCUGGAACAAUUUCAGAUACUCCAGCCGUGGGCCAUGCAGUGAGGCUGGAAUUUGAUUACUCUGAGGAUAAAGACAGUUUUGAAACUGAACAAGAUAAACAGGCUGUUCCUAAGAAAUUUGGCAAAAAAUCUGGUGGAAAGAUGCCACUUAGAAAGCCAAAGAUAGGAAUCAAGAAGGUUCCUACUGUUGAAAAGGUAGACAAUGCUCUUGCUGCUUCAGCUCAUUCAACUGCUGAUCCUGAUGAUAUCCCUAUUCCAAAGACAACAUAUUCAUUUGACCCUUCCAAAUGGGAUGACCCUAAUUUCAACCCAUUUAGCAGUAAUGUACAGGUUCCAAAUUCUCCCAAGUUGCCUCAUGCUUCAUUCAAUUUUGAAACGGACAACUGUGAUAACUCUGUGGACCCAUUUAAAUCUUCUACAAAAAUCUCAGGAUCCCCUUCCCAUUCACCUGCUUCAUUUGAGGUGAAUGAUGACACCGGUACAAGUGAGGGGGAUGUUAAUAAUAAAUCAUCGAAGAAGAAGAGGCUACCUUUAAAAACAAACACUUUCAGGGUGAAGAAAUCCCCAAAGCGCACCUCGCUAUCUGAAACAUCCUCACAGGAAUCAACCCCACUUACUACUCCUGAGACCCAGCAAGUAAUUGGCACAGUGGAACAUGCCACUGAUGAAGAGAAACUGGCGUCUUCCGUGACAAAUCAGAAAUGGUCUUACUCUGGAAUACAAACUGAAUUGGAAGAAGAUAAAGCUGAUUAUCCUCAGCCUUCAGAUCUUUCAGCAUUUGUGAAUGAGAAUUCUGAAUUUGUAAAUGAGAACUAUUCUUCAACGGUCCUGGGAUAUGAACACUCACUGGACAUAGAAUACAUGGAAAAACUUGGUUCAUCAUCACCUCAACAUGAAACAAAUACAAAGAAACAGUCCAUGUACUUAAAGAUUGAUUCUCUGAAAGACAGUCCAAUAAAAUGCCCUCCUGUCAGGUUAUCCGAUUCAACUACUCCUUGUUCAGGCUCAAGUUUAGAUGAAGCAGAUGAUGCAAAUAAACUUUCCAUCGCACGACCCUUGGCUCCUAGCCAAGAGGCACAUUUACAGUCACCUGACAAAGUGAAAGACAAAGAUUCCCUGAACUCCUCUCCAGUAAAAUCAGACCUGGCAACUCCUGAGGAACCUGUUGCCUCUGCAGAUGCCUUGUUAAGUAGGAUUAUAGGACACACAGAUGAUGAGCUUGACUAUCUGCAGCCUGACACAGCUGAAAAGAACCCUUCGGCAUUUGCGUACAAGUUACAGGAAGAGCUAGUGUAUGCAGCCAUGAGGAUAGAAGCACUGCAGCUAGCCAAAGAGCUUUCCAACUCUCCCAGCAGCUCCUUAGAUUAUGAGGUAUCCCGUACUGCCUGGAGUGUUGUGUUUGUAGUGCACUGA